AAGAAACGUUGUGCUUGCGUACGUAUAUAUAUAUCCUGUUGUAGCCUAACGGCUAGCUCAGUGAGUAACGGCUACCUGUUUUGAAAGCACACCUUUCAAAAUAAUAAUAUUAUAAUGCUCUAAGUUCAUAUGCUUUUCCUAUGCUCCCAUCAAACACCCCAGUUGUGCCAAACCCUAUGUUUUCUACUUCCAUAGGAUUCAGGUGGGUAGGGCAUGUCAAUCCUCUAAUUUUCCUAUUCCUCCAUUUUUCCUUUCCUAUGAAUCAAAGAAGGCCUUAACCUCUACAUCCCGUAUCUAAUAAGAUGGAUAUGUAUGAGAAUAUUAAAUAUACUAUUAACGUGAUUAAUAUUGAACUCUUAAAGUUAAUGUGGCCCCGUUGCAACGCACCGGCGUUCUUCUAGUAGAUAGUAGAGAUAGAGAUAUAAUAUAAGUAGAGAUACUAUACUACAGUACAAGAAAAAAAAACUCGAGUCACGAAUCACGACCCACAACCCGGCCCCUCCACCCCAACCCCCGGCAUGGAAGCCGACCGCGUUUUCGCCGGAGCCAUCCGGAAAAUCCAGUCGCGCCGAAGCCAAAUCGACCGCCGACGGACCCGUCUUGAUCAAGAGCGCCAGCGUCUCUUGGAUAAGCAAUCGGAGCUCCGCGGCCGUACCGAAAAGGGUGUAGCCAUAGGAGCCUCGGGCAAUCUUGAAGCUCGACGUAUCAAGAGCGAACUCCAAGAUCUCGAGAAAAAGUACACCCGUCUCAACCACGAGGAGGCAGAUCUCCGCAGGGAAGAGCGCGACAUCGACCUCCACCUCGGCGCUUGUCCCGCCGGCCAUACACCGUCCUCUUCGCGUGAAACUAGGUCAACUGGAUCUGCAACUCAUGUGCGGCAGAGUGUUUUGUAUUCGGUCCGAAGGGAACCUCGAGGCAGAAAAGGACGACCUUCUGAUCAGGGUGGAGGAGCAUACCGGUGAGGUGAGCAGCAGUGAGCUUGAACAUACAAGUCCAGACGUGUCACAGUUCGAUGCCCUGCCGCUGAAUACCACAUCUCCUACACUUAAAUCAGCUGAUAGGCCAACUGGGUCUAAAACUCAUGUAUUCAGUCCGAAGGGGACCUCGAGGCAGAAAAGGACGACUGGUGGAUGAGCAUACCCAUGAGGUGAGCAGCAGUGAGCUUGAACAUACAAGUACAGACCUGUCUCAGUUCGACGCCCUGCCGCUGAUUAGCCCACCUCCUACACUUCAAUCAGCUGAUAGGGUUGAGGAACAUUCUACCAAGGCGAGAAGCUGUGAGCCUGGCGGUACAAGUGCGGACCUGUCAAAAGUUGAGGGCAUUUCGCUGAAUGUCACAUCUCCUGCAUAUGAAUCAACUGAUGGGGUUGUGGUGCAUGCCAGCAACAUAGACAGCAGUGCGCUUGAUUCUACAAAUGCGAAGCAACCAGCUGUUCAGGAAGCAUUAUCCUUGAAGUCAGAAGAAACGUGGCGGGAAAUAAAUGAAUACCUUGCUGAGCAUACAUAUAGUGACAUCUGGGAGGCCUUGGUUGCUGUGAAAAAUGGCUUCUGCGACCCACCCAAAAAGGUUUCCUACCCCAACAAACAGUCAUCAGAAAAGCUUGCGUUACCUGAUUCACCAGAGUCUCCACAUCGAUUGGAUGCUCAAUCCUUUCAGACAAAAAUACAGUGUGGAGAAUCUACAGAACAAAUCACUAAAAACGGGAAACUAUGGAUGGAGAAGGAAGUCAUGAAGGCUUUUAAGAAGUGCAUCAUAGUAAAGGAGGGAUUGACUGGUGUGGACUUUGAACUAGAUGAGCUUCUGCAUCAGUGUUUCAGUGUGGAGACAUAUGACAAGAUCUUCCACCACUAUAACUUUACGUGAAGAUCAAGAAAGUUGGUUCAGACAAGUGGGCAUCAUCAACUCUCUAUUUUGCGCAAGUGAAGGAAAUGUAUGGUCAAAAGUUUUACUUCUGUUACCCACUGGAUCCAAAUGAAGAUGGUAUCUGUUACGCAUGCCAGAAUCAGGGGAUGAAUGCAUUGCAGCACCCUGCUGUUCCUAUCGGAUACGAGACUGGCCGGCCUGAUGCGGGAUGUCCCUUUGUUGAUGACGACUCUGAUGAUGGUGGUAUAGGAGACAAUGACGCGUGUGUGCGGGCCUUUGAACAGGUCUUCUGCAACGGACGGUGUCUGUAACAGUGAAUUAUUUUUUCAUGUUAGAAGCAACGGUGACUAGCCUGUGCUUGGGUUGUGCAAACA